AAGUAAGACGAUCUCAUAUCCUCACGUCUUACUGGAGAAAAGAACAGAUCGAACAUGCAGCGCUUCUGGAUCUUCAUUUUCUUUCUCAGCAGUAUUGAGAGUGGGAGCUCAUAUAGAGAGUUAUCUCUUCAACCUGGAGCAAAUAUCACCAUCCUGUGUGAUUAUGAUAAGCAGUAUAAACUGCAUAAGAAAUACUGGUGCUAUGAUGCUGGUUCAGCAUUCAACUACUGUACGAUUCAGGCGUACGCUAAUAAUACAGCAGAUAGAGUAACAGUGACUGAUUACCCAGAUCAGAACCUCUUUACUGUCACUAUGAGAAAUCUGCAGACUGGAAACACUGAAUCAUACUGGUGUGCUGUGGAGAUUGGGGGAGUUUUUGAGGCAGAUGUUAAAGAACAGUUUUGUAUCACAGUGAAAUCAGAUCCUGAUGUGUCUGUGGUGGAGAGCAGUGUGGAGGGUCAGGAAGGGGGCGUGGUCAGGGUCCAGUGUCUCUACAGUGCUAAAUAUCAGUCUGAACAGAAGCAGUGGUGCAGAUCUAAAGACCAGAGAUGCUACAAAGCGGGGAGGACUAACACAUCCCAGAAUUCAGCAGUGCAGAUCAGGGUUGAUGGGAGGAGAUCCUUCAGUGUGGAGAUGAGUGGACUGAAGAAGAGUGAUGCUGGCUGGUACGGGUGUAGAGUUGGAACACUAGAGGUUCCUGUUCAUCUCAGCGUCAGUGAUGCAGCUCCAGAUCCUGAUGUGUCUGUGGUGGAGAGCAGUGUGGAGGGUCAGGAAGGGGGCGUGGUCAGGAUCCAGUGUCUCUACAGUGCUGGAUAUCAGUCUGAACAGAAGCAGUGGUGCAGAUCUAAAGACCAGUGGUGUUACAAAGUGGGGAGGACUCACACAUCCCAGAAUUCAGCAGUGCAGAUCAGUGAUGAUGGGAGGAGUAGAUCCUUCAGUGUGGAGAUGAGUGGACUGAAGAAGAGUGAUGCUGGCUGGUACUGGUGUAGAGUUGGAAAACUAGAGGUUCCUGUUCAUCUCAGCGUCAAUGUUGGUAAAAGUCAUUCAGAUUCCUACAAGAUCGUGUUGGGUUGUCUCACUGUUCUUCUACUGCUGAUCCUUCUGGCUGCAGUAGCCAUCUGGUUCCUGAAAAAAAGACGAGCAUUAACACAGCAAGAUCAAGUUAAGGUCAAAAAAGAGAAAAAGAGUGGAUGUAACGGAAACAGGGCCGCCCCAGAGUUAUCAUACAGCUCUGUUCUGUUCAAGAAAGUUACGCAGAAAUCAAAGCAGAGGAGCCCAGGAUCCCAGAAAAAUUCAGCGUCUGAAGAUCCAGUGAUAUACAGCACCAUAAUUGACACCUAACCAAAUAUGGAACUACAAUCAUCAAUGUUCUGUUCUCUUGAAAAAUGUCAUUAUCUUACACUGAGGAAAGAAAAUGUUGUUUUACACUAAAUGUAAAUUGACUUUCAUUAAUGCAUAUUGACUGUAUAAGUGUUUUUUUUUGCAUUGCAUUUAUACUAGUACCCAUCCAGUAUUGAUCUUUCUUAUUAAAUGUACUUUAAUGGUGUCCCCCAGGGACGUAUCUUAGGGCCGUUAAACAUGUUAAACACUGCAUCCACCUCAGCAUAGAAUAUCAAUAUGCCACAUAUUUCCAGGUUAAAGUUGUAUUAUUUUAUGUUUUAUUAACAUACCGGUAGCAUUAUUUUACACAAAUUGUCUCAACAUGAAAGAAUUUACAAGUGUUGCUUUUUAAAAUGUUGUAAAUAUAUAUGUAUAGAAUGUCAUUCUGUCGUAUUACUUAUCUCUUCUUAGGUUAAAUUAAUAUUGUUGAUUUAAUUUAUUUAAGGUAAUUAUAAUUGUAAUUAUGCUUACAUGUGCUACAAUUGUAUUCUGUUUUGUUGAAUAUGAGAUCACAUUGUGAGAUUAGGUCUAUAAUAUUUUUACCGAGAUUUAAAAAUGAUGGAUUUGUCUGGUUGUAUUUUUAUUUGUUUAGGGCAAUAAUAAAACAAUACAACACAAUACAAUACUAUACAAUACGAUACACAUUUGUCUUGCUUUAUUACAACAGCUCUAUUACAAGUACAGUA